CACCGGCACUGGGAGGACCACCGGCACUGGGAGGACCACCGGCACUGGGAGGACCACCGGCACUGGGAGGACCACCGGCACUGGGAGGACCACCGGCACUGGGAGGACCACCGGCGCUGGGAGGACCAUCGGCACUGGGAGGACCAUCGGCACUGGGAGGACCAC